UAUGGACUCUUAUCUCACGCUUGAAUUAAGAAGAAGAUUAAACUCUUCUAUGACUUACCAAGAAUAUCUAGAUGCUUAUGAUAAACCCCCUCCAAAACCUAAAUUGAAGUAUGAACCUACAUCAUUUUAAUUUAAGACCAAAAGAAUCACCUGUCGUUGCUGAAUUACUUCUAUUAGAACCCCCAAAAGGGCCUAAACCUUAAUCAUAAAAAUUAGAGAUAUAUGAACCAGAUGAAAUUAUCAUUGAGGAAUCAGAAACAGAUGAAAGAUCACGAGCACAAUCCCCAAUACAGAAACCUCCUUGUUACAAAGCUCUAAAGGCUAAUGUAAAUUAGAUCAUGUUUUAAAUUUCUAGAAUGUAAGAGAGAGAAGCCAGAGUGAAAAUUUGGGGUUUUCAGUGUAUCGUUUCUUGUAAAACAAGCAACAUGUCCCUAAAUAAUGAU